AUGUUUUAUCGGAAAACUGUUCGACCUAUUUGGAAGAACUUUCCAUUGCUCGUUGUUAAUGCUCGAUCUUAUGUAGCUAAUGAUAUAGAUUUAGUAGUUAUUGGAGCUGGUCCGGGUGGUUAUGUAGCAGCAAUUAAAGCAGCUCAACUGGGUAUAAAUACAGUAUGUGUAGAAAAGAAUCCGAAAUUAGGGGGUACUUGUUUGAAUGUCGGAUGCAUACCAUCGAAAUCUUUGUUGAAUAACUCAUUGUAUUAUCAUAUGGCCAAACACGGUGAAUUCAAUAGUCGAGGUGUUGAAGUUGAGCCGAAACUGAAUUUGGACAAAAUGAUGGCUGCAAAAGCAGCAUCAGUGAAGGCUUUGACGGGUGGUAUAGAGAUGUUGUUUAAAGCGAACAAAGUGAGAGCAGUCAAUGGAAUAGCGACGAUUACAGACAAAAACGAAGUUACUGUGAAACUUACUGGAGGUGGCGAAGAAAAGAUUACAACACGUAAUAUAAUUAUUGCGUCAGGUUCCGAAGUUACUCCUUUCCCAGCUUUGUCUAUCGAUGAGGAACAGAUUGUUUCUUCAACGGGUGCAUUGUCUUUGAAGAAAGUACCAGAGAAAAUGAUUGUAAUAGGUGCUGGUGUCAUCGGUACUGAAUUGGGAAGUGUAUGGCAACGAUUAGGAGCUGAUGUAACGGUUGUCGAAUUUCUUGGACAUGCUGGUGGGAUGGGUAUCGAUAUGGAAAUUGCAAAAUUUUUCCAAAGAACGCUUGCAAAACAAGGAAUGAAAUUCAUGAUGAAUACGAAGGUAACAGGAGGUGGAAAAGAAGGAACUUUGGUUAAAAUAAAUGUAGAAAAUGCAAGAGGUGGAAAUCCGAAAACGUUAGAAGCAGAUACUGUUCUCGUUGCGAUUGGCCGACGACCAUAUACAGAGGGACUGGGAGUUGAAAAUGUUGGCAUAAAAUUGGAUUCAAGGGGACGUAUACCAGUCAAUGAACGCUUUCAAACCUCGGUUCCAUCAAUAUUUGCAAUUGGUGAUGUAAUUGCUGGGCCGAUGUUGGCACAUAAAGCGGAAGUAAACUUAUCUAUUUUAAGCUUCAGAGAACACUCAAAUUCUGAAACUAUACCUAGCAAUUUAAAACUUCAGGAUGAAGGAAUUUUAUGCGUUGAAGGUAUAGCAGGUGGUACAACACAUUUGAACUACGACUGCAUCCCGUCGGUUGUCUAUACCCAUCCGGAAGUUGCAUGGGUCGGAAAAUCCGAAGAACAGUUGAAGAGUGAAAAUGUGCAAUACAAAAUUGGCAAAUUUCCAUUUAUGGCAAAUUCACGAGCUAAAACAAAUAAUGAUGCCGAAGGAUUUGUGAAGAUUUUAGGAGACAAGACAACGGAUAAAAUAUUGGGAGUUCAUAUAAUCGGGCCGAAUGCUGGUGAAAUGAUUGCGGAAGCAACCCUAGCCUUAGAAUACGGAGCCUCCUGUGAAGAUGUUGCUCGAGUUUGUCAUCCACAUCCUACACUGUCAGAAGCGUUCCGCGAAGCCAACUUACAAGCAUUUUGUGGUAAAGCUAUUAAUAAUGUUUGA